CCGCCGGUUUGCAACAACUUCACCCUCUCUCGCUCUCUUCUUCGCAAUCUACUUCACUCUUCCCGCACUCUUCCCCCUUCCUCUCGCAUUGCCUCUGACCCUCCCCUUCUUCCCCACCCUGAACAUGCGCCGGUAGCAUCCACUUUCCCUUCCUCGCCUUCAUGGCUCUUCCGAAGCUGGCCACCUACUCGGUGGCCCAUCGCUCUCUCGCGCAUGUCGGCGCUGGCUCGUUCAUGCUCGGGCAGAUAGCUUGGCAUUACCGGCCCGCCUACACUCCUUCUCUACGCCUGCUGUCCACAACUCCGCGGAUGAAUGAGCAGAAAACAAGUGCGCAGACCGCUCAACAGCAACAACCACAGCAGUCACAACCAUCGACCACUUCGUCAUCAAGUUCCUCUUCCACCUCACCCUCCUCCUCCAGCCAAUCCUCCCCCGAACCAACCACUGGCUCCGCCGACGACUCCAACUUUUCCCUCCCCGCCGGCUGGGAAGAUGACCCGCAAUUGACCAACGUCAAACAAUUCUCCGACCUCCCUCAUCGAUACUUCGGCUACAACCAACACAUCAAAAUCAACGAGGACUUCAAAGAGUCUCUACGACAAGUCCUCUGGCAGUUUCGUGCUCCUAUCCGCUAUGCUUUUGCCUACGGCUCCGGUGUUUUUGGGCAAGUUGGAGGGAGUGGACAAGGCAGCGCAGGCCUCGAUCCAAAACUGCUCAGUCCCCACCCCAACCCUCCCAAAGCAGUGGAAGAGUGGCAGAAGGGCGGCGCAAAGGUGUUGGACUUUAUCUUUGGCGUCAGCCACACGCAGCAUUGGCACAGUCUGAACCUCACUCAACAUCCCGACCACUACUCGGCUCUACAAUACCUUCCCUACAGCUCCGCCGCCAUUUCAUGGGUUCAAGACCGACUCGGCGCCGGCGUCUAUUUCAACCCGUACAUUACCGUCAACGGCGUGAUGAUCAAGUACGGUGUUGUGAAUCUCGACACUCUCGCCCACGAUCUCAGCGACUGGAACACCCUCUACCUUGCUGGACGGCUACAGAAACCCGUCAAAAUCCUCCGCGACGAUCCCCGAAUCCGACUCGCCAAUCAAAUUAACCUCCUCUCCGCCUUGCGCACCGCCCUCUUAAUGCUUCCCGAAAAAUUCACCGAGCGCCAACUCUAUGAGAAGAUCGCUGGUCUGUCCUAUAUGGGUGAUCCGCGAAUGGUCUAUGUGCCUGGUUUGGGCGCCAGUGAAAACAUGUCCAAGGUGCACAAUAUUGUCGGCGCCCAGCUACCAGGCUUCCGCCAAUUAUAUGUGCCGCUCAUUGAAAACUUACCCAACAUCGACUUCACCGACUCUCGCACUCCCACCGGCUCAGGGUGGGAGAAGGACGAUGCCAUUCGCCACACCGGCUCCAACGUCGAGCUCGACGAAGACGUGCUAGGCGGCAAGGAUGGCCUCUCUCUCACCCAAUCCAUGUCGCCGGUCAUGCGGGGCAACAUGGUGCGCCGCUUGCCCAAAGCCUUCCGCAUGAAGCUCUACUACCAAUACCGAAAGAAAUUCCAGAUCCCCGGCUCGGCGUUUGAUGAGAUUGUCGAGCAGGCCAAUUCCGUGGGUAGUACGUCGGAGCCCUUGAAUCGCCGAGAAGGCGGGGAGUUUGAGCAGCGAAUUGCGGAUCAGGAUGAUUUGAGCAGUGUCAUGGCCAAGUGUGUGCAGGGCACCGUGCAGUGGCCGGCGACCAGCCAAACGAUCAAGAGCUUUUUCACUGCCGGCGUGGGCCGCGCGUGGAGGUAUUACAAAGACAAGAGGAAGCGGUCAAAGGAGAGUUCAGGGGCGAAGACGACCGACGAUCAGGCAAGCAGUAAGGAUGGGCCAAAGUCGGAUGGGGAAGCAAAAGAGAAAAAGGAGUAAGUAGCAUUCUGCAGGAGUACCAUACUUUGCAUGGACCUCGAUAGAUCCAGGUCGAUAGCAAUGCUCACGACGAAAUUUGCAU